AUGGCGAUGGACGCGGAGCGGCGGCAGGCGGAGCUGAUCGAGCAGUUUUCGGCGCAGGCGGCGGCGCUCUCCUCGGCUCCUCAGCUGGCGGCGCUCGUGCUCGAGGCCACCUCCCACCCGGCGCUCUUUGCCUUCUCCGAGCUCCUCACCCUUCCAGCCCUCUCCAAGCUAACGGGCACGCAGUACGCCUCGUCGCUGGACCUGCUCCGCCUCUUCGCCUACGGCACCCUCAAGGACUACAAGAGUAAUUCUAGCGCCCUCCCUGCAUUGUUGCCUGAUCAAGCCCGGAAGCUGAAGCAACUCAGUGUGCUAACUUUGGCUGAGUCAACCAAGGUACUUCCAUAUGAUCAGCUCAUGCAAGAGCUAGACGUUUCCAAUGUGAGAGAACUUGAAGAUUUCCUCAUCAAUGAGUGCAUGUACUCAGGUAUUGUCAGAGGCAAGUUGGACCAACUGCGGCGGUGCUUUGAAGUACAAUUUGCAGCUGGAAGGGACCUCACACAUGAUCAGCUAACCAACAUGAUUGAGACCUUGUCUGACUGGUUGGGAACAUCAGAUAAUUUAUUACACCAAAUUCAGGAGAAAAUCAAGUGGGCGGAUACAACAAGUGAAUCGAACAAGAAGCACCAGAAAGAAUUUGAAGACAGAGUGGAAGAAGCCAAGAAGUCAGUCAAGCAGGCAGACAAUGACUUACGGGGGCAUGACGACUUUCUCUCUGAAUCUGGAGGAAUAAUGGAUUUUGAGGAGGACCGCAUCCGACCAAAAAGGAGGCGACAACCAAUGUCAUAG